AGUCAUCAAUCAAAAUCAGACUCUUCAGUGCAUUUUACCUUUUGGCGCGGUCUUAAUAGAAAUUAUUAGUAAUAUUAGGUGAGCUGCCAGGCCGAACUAACUAUUGCUCAUAUUAUUAUAAGCCCGGCCCAUUUAACUAAAUCUAUCUAUAAAUAAUCCUUGCAUGCACCACUCAUUCGAUCAAGCUCUAAUUAUUAUUACUUGAUCAAAAUAUUCAGAGAGAUUUAGCAACUUAUAAGAAUUAGAUAAACAUUAGUUAUGGGUUUAUCUUCUUCUUUUAAGAUUAUAGUGACCUUAGCUAUAGUUUUUGUGGUAUUCACAAGAACUUCUUUUGCUGAUGAUGAUGAUGAUCUUUCAAGUGGGUUCUAUUCUAAGAGUUGUCCUAAAGUCUUUAGUACUGUAAAAUCUGCUGUCCACUCUGCUAUUUCUAAUGAACGACGUAUUGGUGCUUCUCUACUGCGCCUUCAUUUUCAUGAUUGCUUCGUUAAUGGCUGUGAUGGGUCAAUACUCCUGGACGACACUUCUUCAUUUAGAGGUGAGAAGACAGCACGGCCCAAUAACAACUCAGUGAGAGGUUUUGGAGUUGUGGAUAAGAUUAAGGCCCAGGUUGAGAAAGUCUGCCCUGGUGUCGUUUCAUGUGCUGAUAUCUUAGCCAUUGCUGCUCGUGACUCUGUCGCAAUUCUUGGAGGACCUGAUUGGAAAGUUAAAGUUGGAAGAAGAGACUCAAAGACCGCAAGCUUUAAUGAUGCCAAUAGUGGAGUCAUCCCUCCUCCCACUUCCACCCUAAGCAACCUCAUUAAUAGAUUCAAAGCUAAAGGUCUCUCUGCCAAAGACAUGGUUGCCUUAUCUGGGGCACACACAAUUGGGAAAGCAAGAUGUACAACUUUCAGAGACAGAAUAUACAAUGAGAGCAACAUUGAUAGUUCAUUUGCCAAACAAAGGCAAAACAAGUGUCCACGUAAGGCUCCUUCUGGAGAUAACAAUGUGGCAGAUCUUGAUGUUACAACUCCAACAAAGUUUGAUAAUCUCUACUUCAAAAAUCUGUUGAGCCAAAAGGGUCUUUUACACUCUGAUCAGAUCUUGUUCAAUGGUGGAUCCACUGAUUCUGUUGUUAAACGCUACAGUUCGAAGGCUAGUAGCUUUGCUGAGGACUUUGUUAAGGCAAUGAUCAAGAUGGGAGAUAUCGAACCUCUUACUGGAUCUGAUGGUGAAAUCAGAAAACACUGUGCUAAGCCCAACUAGUUAAAUAAUUAUAAUAUUUUAAUUAUUAUUAACAAAGUGUUUAUAGUACUGUUUUUAAUUUUCUUGUUGUUUAUUACCAUGUACGUGUAUUUGUAACUCUUACACCAUUAUUGUUAUGUAUUUAUUUUCUUAUAAAAAUGUGAUUAAAAAUCUAUAUACAUUAUACAUUGUGUCA